AUGCCGAGUUACAAUCUGCUCAAGUUAAUGAUUGCACGUUCUGUUGUUGCUGGUGAACGCGAGACUGAACGAGGAGCUAAUCAGAUUGGUACUUUGCAUCGAGUAGGAACUACUCGUUGGAGCUCCCAUUUUGAUUCUAUUUGCGACUUAAUAGAUAAGUAUAAUGCAACUAUUAAUGUGAUUGAAAAUAUUAUCAUUGAUGGUUCCUCUACUUCGAUGCGUGGGGAAGCUGGUGGUUCCUUAAUUGUGAUGAAAUCUUUUGAUUUUAUUUUUAUUUUGCAUUUGAUGCAUAAAAUUAUGGCGAUCACAAAUUUACUUCGUCGUGCCUUGCAACAAAAAUCUAUUGAUAUCGUAAAUGCAAUGGAUUUGGUCUCUACAACUAAAGCACUUCUUCUGACAUUGAGAAAUGAUGAGAUGAGUGCUCGUUAUAAGCAUUCUAGUCGUUCAUGCCAGCAUAAGGAUGCCAUCACAGUUGAGCAUCACUUUCAUUAUGAUAUAUUUAAUGCUGCAAUAGAUUUUCAAUUGGAAGAGUUAAACUCUAGAUUCAGUGAUGAGACAGUAGAACUUCUUAUGCUUAGCUCUGCUUUGGAUCCAAAAGAUAAUUUUAAUCGGUUCAACAUUGAUAAGAUUUGUAAUCUCGCUGAGAAGUAUUAUCCUGAGGACUUCACUGAACAUGAAAUCCAUAAUUUGAGAUGUCAACUACAACAUUUUGAGCUCGAUGUGGAUUCGACCUACAAAUACUUCGAGGUCAUUACUGUUGAUGCAGCUCAUAGUAUCAUUAUCCGCAAUGACCCAAGGAUUAACUCCAGAGUUACCAACUUGCUUUUAUAG